UCCAAAGCGCGUACGUCGACGGCGAGGCCCAAGCGCUCUGAAGUGGCGCGCGCGCGCGCGCGCAAGCACGGAGUGCCCUCCGCUCGCCUCCCGGUGCUCCGGGUUAGUGCCGGUCGCCGCCGAAGUGUGCGUGCCGCUUGGGAUCCCGCCGAAGUGGACGAGCGACAGUGGGCAGCAUGUGACCGAGGCGGCCGCUCGACUCGGCACACCGGCGACAAGCAUGCUGUCCACGCAAGCCGUGACGUUCAACCUGAUAAACGCUGCAUUUCUGGGGGCGCCGUGCGGCCAGUGCCGGGAGCUCUGCCCCAACGGAUACGUGCCGCACUUCUGGAGAAAAGUAUGCAAGAGCUGUCGGUGUCCGCGGGAAGAGCACCAGCGCAGCCCGUCGGAAGCUGGAGGAGUGGUGCCGGUCGGCAGUCCGAGCCUGGUGGCGGGCACGAGAAUGGGCAUGGCCAUGGCCUCGAGUCCGGGCACGCUGAGCUCGCCCUCGCCUGGCCAACAGCCCGUUGGCCAGCAGAUAGGCCAGCCGCAGCAGCAACAGCAGCAACAGCAGCAGCAGCAGCAGCAGCAGCAGCAGCAGCAGCCGAGGCCCGACAGCUUCGAGAGCCCCGUGCAGCCAAUGCCUCUCGGUGGCAUUCCACCCGUCGUCCAGGACGCUCUCAAUCAGCAGCAUCAUCACGCCCAACGACACUCGCAGAGCGACGACGACAGCGGAUGCGCCCUCGAGGAGUACACUUGGGUACCACCUGGGCUGAGGCCUGAUCAGGUGCACCUGUAUUUCAGCGGAUUACCCGAGGACAAGAUCCCGUACGUGGGCAGCGUGGGCGAGCGGGAGCGCGUGAGGCAGUUGCUUCAGCAGUUGCCGCCCCACGACAACGAGGCCCGCUACUGCAGUGGCCUCACCGAGGAGGAAAAGCGCGAGCUGCGCGUGUUCGCCGGCCAGCGAAAGCGCGAGGCACUCGGCAGAGGCCAAGCCAACCAGGUGGAGAGGGUUCACGGCAGUGGCUGCCGGGAGUGCGGGCGGACGAUAGCCCAGGGCGAGAUCGCGGUGGGCGCGCACCGAGCCGGGCCGGCGUCGCUGUGGCACCCCGGCUGCUUCGUGUGCUGCGUGUGCCAGCAACUGCUCGUCGACCUGAUUUACUUCUGGCGAGACGGCCGGCUCUACUGCGGCCGCCACCACGCCGAGACGCUCAAGCCGCGCUGCUGCGCCUGCGACGAGAUCAUACUCGCCGACGAGUGCACCGAGGCCGAGGGCCGAGCAUGGCACAUGCGACACUUCGCCUGCCUCGAGUGCGACAGACAGUUGGGCGGCCAGAGGUACGUGAUGCGGGAGGGCAGGCCGUACUGCCUGCACUGCUUCGACGCGUCGUUCGCCGAGUACUGCGACAGCUGCAGCGAGCCGAUCGGCGUGGACCAAGGUCAGAUGUCGCACGAGGGCCAGCAUUGGCACGCCACCGACUGCUGCUUCUGCUGCGCGACCUGCCGAACGUCCCUCCUUGGCAGACCUUUCCUGCCGAGGCGCGGGGCCAUCUACUGCAGCAUCGCCUGCAGCAAGGGCGAGCUGCCCACCACGCCUAGCGAUUCCUCGGUCGGACCGACCAACGGACCGCCACCCUCUUUUACCAGGAUGACGAAGCGACACGGCACGGCUCGAACAGCCAACGACGGUUCGGGCUCGCCGCGUCAUGGACUGGGCUCUCCCCGGAACUCGCCUCGCUCGUGCAGAAGGCAGCAGCAAUCGACGUUUAAGUCACAGCAGCAACAACAACAGCACCAACACGGAUCUCCGACGCGAGCGCCAGCGGCUUCGCCGUGCAGCAGUGGCCCCGAGUCCGCAGUUCAAACCGCGACGGACGGCGGCUCGCGCGUCGGAGGCCUCGAUCGCGUGCUACUCGAGCGGAACCUCGAGCGGCUCCUGCAGGAACGCGGCACGCAGCAGGAGGAAUCCAGCGAGGAGCUCGGCAGGUUGAUGCAAGCGCGGGAUCGGGAGCCGCUCCGCUGCAUUCCCGGCUCGGCGAGCCCGACGCACUCACCGAGCCUGCCGGAGCUGCCAAGGACGAGCGGCGGCGAGGCCAUAGCCACGGCAGCGACCUCGCCCGCGACGUCCACCUGCGUGCCCGAAUCGCCGAUCACGGAGGACGGCCACGCGACCAGCUGCCUGCCGGCCUCCUCCUCCUCCUCCAGCUCCUCGGUGUCGCCGUCCACGCCGCCCGAGGAGGACAACAAGCCCUCGCCGCCGCCGCCUGCCCCCCACGAGCCCAGCGCCGCCGGCCUGAGGCGCGUCCGCUUCCAGGGCGACGAGCUGCUCGCCGAGCAGGCGUCCGGCUCGGGCGCCGCGUGCCCGCUCGUUCGCCAGCACGGCCGCCGCUCGCCUCCCUCGCCCUGCACGCCGCGCCGCCAGCAGCUGCUCAAGUCCAGGAGCUUCCACUCUCACUCGCACGACAUGCCCGGCUGCUCCUCUUGGGGUGCGGCUGGGCCGCGGAGCCGAGCCGACGACGAGGAGAGCUGCUGCUCGACCUGCAGCUCGUCCAGCAGCUCCGACGACGCCGAGGCCUACGCGCUGCCCCCGCGGCGCUACGGUGGCACAAGGAUAGCUUACCUGCCUAACGACGCGGUGGCGAUCGCCAGGCGGAGGGCCGCCGCCGCCGCCGCCGCCGCCGCAGCCUCUGCCGCGACCUCGAGCACCGGCUCGCCAACGGCCGGCAAGGAGCCCGAGAAAUGCGUCAUAUCCUGAUCGAACGCCAAACCACUACUCGUCUGGGUUCGCUGUCUUCCUUCAACGCCUGCGCAGCUCUCGUCGCCAACACCUUGCGUCAUUUUCUAUCUCACGUAUUAACGUGAUGGUACGUUGACGAACGCUAAAGUGCUGCUGGCGACGAGCUGGUCUGCGCACAUAUUGGCGUACAUAUCUUGGCGUCAUUUUUUACUGCUAGGAUGUGAAUUGUUUUGGUACCGACACACUACCACGUCUACCUCUUCGCUUCCGCUGAUUCUCUUGAAACGACUAACGAUACGAUAUGAGUACCAAAACAUUUUUAUUUGAGAUGCAAGCCUGAUGCUCGCUACGAUAGUACGUGUCCUGUUACUUUUUAAUCGUUCGAUUGUUACCUAAUCAUUAUUAUUUCUUUGGAAACCUAGCUGAUAAUUAUAUUCGUAAUCAAAGGCGACAUGUCAAUUUUUGUGAAAACUCGAAGCAUACGACAAUACGUUCAAAAGCGUAGAGGGAUCCAAGUUGAAAAAUCUCUUUCACAUUCACGGUGUACACUUAUAUUUUUUGUGGCACACGUAUCGAUUAUUGUCUUUUGUCUUUUUACAACAAUCAUAAUUAUCAAUUGUGUGUGUUUUCAGUAAUAUACGAGGGUGGGUCAAAAAGUUCUUAAAAAAUCCAAGAGAUGGCGCUCAAAGCAUCCCAACUUACGAGGGUAGGUCAAUAAGUCCUUAGAAAAAGACAGAAAAACAAUUUUUUUUGGGAGAUUUUUUUUUUAUUUUUCAACAUAUCUCUUUUUAGCUCGAUACACUUUUCCAGGCAUUUUUCAAGUUUAUUUAAGCCAUCGGAAAAAAAUAAUUUUGGAAGUUCCUCAAAAUAGCCAUUUGUUUGUGUUAUGACCUUCUCGUUCGAGAUGAAUCGUUGUCCGGCAAGCUACUUUUUUAGAUUUGAAAUUAAAAAAAAGUUACUAGAGGCCAAAUCUGGUGAAUACGGGGAUGGUCUACUACUAAUUCAAACUUCAAUUCCUUAAUUUUAGCCAUUGAAACUAAGCAAGUGAGCACUCGUGCAGUGUCUUGAUGAAACAGAAUUUUUUUUUUGUUCAAAUGAGGACAUUUUUUCUUUAUUUUCUCGCAUAACCCGUCCAACAACGACGCAUAAUACUCUCCGGUGAUUGUCCUUUUUCUAAAUAGUCGGCGAAGAUAAUUCCACGUGCAUUUCAAAAAACAGUGGUCAUAACAUUGCCGAUCGAUUGUUACCUGCUUUAGAGCUGAUUGACCUUUCACAAUCCACUGUUUUGACUGUUCCUAUGUAUCAGGAGUGUAGUGGUGUAUCCACGUUUCGUCUACAGUUAUGAAUGGACGCAGAAAGUCGUCCGGAUUACAGUGGAUGUGCGCCAAGAAGAGCUCAGCGGCCACCACUCGACUGCGUUUGUUCUCGACUGAGAGCAAACGCAGUACCCAUCUUGCCGAAAUUUUUCUCAUGUACAAUUUCUCAUAUAAAAUCGAAAUGACUGUACCUUUUGAAACCCCUGUGGCCUCAACUAUUUCACACAAUUUUAUUCUUCGAUCACUCAACACCAUGUCGUGGAUUUUAUUGAUCAUUUCCGGAGUGCUCACGUCUACAGGACGGCCUGAACGAUGCUCAUCUGCAGCGAUGUACGGCCACGUUUAAAUUCAUUUACUCAAUUGUAAACAGCUGCAAACACAGGGGCAGAUACACCAUGAACUGCAUCUAACUCAGCUUUGAUUUCUUUCGGUGUAAGCCUUUUGAAUAGAAAUGCUUUAUUACCGCUUGGAUCUCACUUUUUUCCAUUGUAAACAAGAAGCAAAAGUUGUUCACUUUAAUCGACGAUAAAAACGGAAAUACUCGAUGGAUCUGGCUGCAACUUCGAAAGCACUCUAUUUAAUAGUGAGGCUUACUGGUGCAACAUACGAGGGUGGAUCAAUAAGUUCUUAGAAAAUCCAAGAGAUGUCGUUCAAAGCAUCUCAACUUAUGUUACACCAGCAAGCGUCACUAUUAAAUAGAGACUGCCGAAGUUUCAGCCAAAUCCAUCGAGUAGUUCCGUUUUUAUCGUCAGUCAAAGUGAACAAAUUUUGUUUCUUGUUAACAAUGGAAAAAAGUGAAAUCCAAGCGGUAAUAAAGCAUUUCUAUUCAAAAGGCUUACACCGAAAGAAAUCAAAGCUGAGUUAGAUGCAGUUCAUGGUGUAUCUGCCCCUGUGUUUGCAACUGUUUACAAUUGAGUAAAUGAAUUUAAACGUGGCCGUACAUCGCUGCAGAUGAGCAUCGUUCAGGCCGUCCUGUAGACGUGAGCACUCCGGAAAUGAUCAAUAAAAUCCACGACAUGGUGUUGAGUGACCGAAGAAUAAAAUUGUGUGAAAUAGUUGAAGCCACAGGGGUUUCAAAAGGUACAGUCAUUUCGAUUUUAUAUCAGAAAUUGUACAUGAGAA